AUGGUGAAGCAGCGCAUGACGGCGCUGGACGUGCGGGCCUCCGUGGAGGAGAUGCGCGCGGAGCUGCGCGGCCUGCGCCUGCUGAACGUCUAUGACAUUUCCCCAAAGAUGUUUCUCUUCAAGUUCGGCCAGGGCGAGAACAAAAAGAUGCUGCUGCUCGAAAGCGGGGUGCGGUUGCACCUCACGCAGCUUGUGCGGGAGAAGCCAAAGGUGCCCUCGCAGUUCACGCUGAAGCUCCGCAAACACGUGCGGGCCUGGCGCCUCGACUCCGUCACGCAGCUGCAGCACGACCGGACGGUGGACUUUCGCUUCGGGGCGGGCGAGGGCGCCUCCUACCACAUCAUCGUCGAGCUCUUUUCGAAGGGCAACGUGGUGCUGACCGACAACGAGCACCGCAUCCUCCUCCUGCUCCGCACCCACAGGGACGACGACAUCAAGAUGUUCGUGCGGGAGUUGUACCCCGUGACGCGGCCCUUUGAGGAGCAGCAGCGGACGGAGUCCACGGCGGUGCCUGCAGCGGCGGAGGAGCAGCGGCGGCGCCGCACGGAGGCGCUGCGGCAGGAGUGGCACACCGUUUUUGCCCGACACGCCGACUACGAGACGCUGCGCUCGACGCUCUCCGCGGUGCACCACUUUGGCCCCGCCCUUGCCGACCACAUCCUAACCGUCACCGGGGUCAGGAAUGCAAAGAAGGGAGAGCUGAACUCCGACGCGGAGACGCUGUUUGCGCUGCUGCUGCCUGGGAUGCUGCAGGCGUGGGAGAUCGCCUUUUCUCCUCUGCCCGGUGGCGGGUACUUGAUUGCGUACCAGAAGCAGAGCAAAGGCCGCGCCGCCGCCGCGGCCGCCGCUGCAGCGAGGCCUGGCGAGGAGAAUACGCAGGAAACGACAGCUGUCGCCGGCGUGGGCGAGGGGCCGCAGCAGCUGCAGGCCGUGCACUACGAUGACUUCGGUCCUGUGCUCCUUGCCCAGUACGGCGGUGACCGCGUUGCGACGUCGUUUCUCAAGAGCUUCGGCGCUGUCUGCGACGCCUUCUUUCUCUGCACCGAGACAGAGAGGAUCGAGCAGCACAACGAGAAGAAGACGACCUCCGUGCUUUCCAAGCGCAGCAAGUUUGAGCGUGACCACCAGCGCCGCCUGGGCGCCCUCGAGGCGGAGGAGCUGGCGAACCAGCGCAAGGGGGAGUGCAUCAUCCAAAACGCGGAGAAGAUUGACGAGGCGAUUGGGCUCAUCAACGGCGCUCUCGCCGCGGGAAUUCAGUGGGAUGCGCUGCGCGGUCUGCUGAAGCGGCGACACGCGGAGGGGCACCCCGUGGCGUACAUGGUGCACGAGCUCUUCCUUGAGCGCAACAGCAUCUCGGUGCUGGUGGAGGCCAACGAGCCGGACGACGACGAGGACGCGGAGGACUGCGACGUGGCGCCGCUCGUCAUCGAGGUGGAGCUCAGCAAGACGGCGUACGCCAACGCGGCGGCGUACUUUGCAAAGAAGAAGUCCAACCGGGCCAAGUACGAGAAAACCGUCGCCGCCACCGCCAAGGCAUUGGCAGGGGCCGAGAAGAAGGGUGAGCGUCUGGCGGCCAAGCAGAAGACGAAGAAGGCCAUCGUGAAGGAGCGCCACCGCUUCUGGUGGGAAAAGUUCGCCUGGUUUCGCACCUCCGCCGGCGACCUCGUCCUGCAGGGGAAGGACACGCAGACGACGGAGAUCCUCGUACGCCGCGUCAUGCAGCUGGGCGAUGUCUUUGUGCACUCCGACGUGGAUGGCGCCCUCCCGUGCCUGCUUCGGCCGGUUGGCUCCGCCUGGACCACCGCCUUUGUGGCGGCCGCAGGCGAGUCCCCCCCGGCCCCUCAGGCGAAGGCGUGCCGAAUCCACAUGACAAGCCUCGAUGAGGCCGGCGCGUGGUGCGUGAGCCGCAGCUCCGCGUGGGAGGGCAAAUUCACCGUCGCUGCAUGGUGGGUGCACGCGUCCCAGAUCACUGGGGGCACAGCCAGCGGCUGCUACCUCUACGACGGGGAAAAGCACUACCUGCGGCCGCAGCCGCUCACCUUUGCGUGCGGGCUGCUGUUCCGCGUCACCGCGCGCCGCAUUGACCCCACCGACCAUGACGAGCUGCCAAACUUCAUCGCCGAGGGGGAACGCCGCCUGCAGCAUGAGGAGGACGGCGAGAAUGGGGCCUUUCUCCCACCCGAUGGCGCCGCCGCACUUCACCCGCUGCCGUCUAUUGGGGAGUUGCGUGGGCCUCGCCGUCCUCCUCCUCCUCCGCCGCAGCGGCAGCAGCAGCCCCAGGGUCUCGGCACAGCCGCGGCGAAAGCGUCCCAGAUGGGCAUGACGGCUUCCGACGGGGGCCGAGCGAGGCGGCGGCGGCGCCAAGGUCGCGGCCGCCCCUCCCUCGCAGAAGGGCAUGCAGCAGCUGACGAAGCACCAGCGGAAGAAGCUGAAGAAAAUUCAGGAGAAGUAUAA